AUGUCGCAAACCACCUCCACCGUCCCCAAGCUUUUCCAGCCCGUCAAAGUUGGCGACCUUACCCUCGCCCACCGCGUCGUCCUCGCGCCCCUCACCCGCCUGCGCGCAAACGACAAGCAUGUCCAUGGCGACCUCGCUGUCGAGUACUACUCACAGCGCGCAUCGGUCCCGGGCACGCUCCUAGUCACCGAGGCGACAUAUGUUGCGCCUUGGGCUGGAAGCAUUUCCGUCCACAUCCCCGGGAUCUGGAGCGAAGACCAGAUCACGGCCUGGAAGCGGGUUGCAGAUGCGGUCCACGCAAAGGGCUCGUACAUCUUCAUGCAGAUCUGGGCCAUCGGCCGCGCUGCGGUCUUAUCUGAGCUCGCGCAGGAUGGCGAUUACCCAUACGUCUCGGCAUCUGCCGUUCCACUCAAGGGCAGUGAUGUCACCCCGAGGCCUUUGACGGAGGAUGAGAUCAAGCAGUACGUCGAGGGGUUCGCAACCGCGGCCAAGAACGCUGUCUUUGGCGCCGGAUUCGACGGCGUUGAAGUGCACUCGGCGCAUGGCUACAUGUUGGACCAGUUCCUCCAGGACAGCACCAACAAGCGGACUGACGCUUACGGCGGGUCCGUCGAGAACAAGGCGCGUUUCCCCCUCGAGGUAAUCGACGCGGUCACGAAGGCGGUUGGCGCAAAGCGGACUGCAGUCCGGAUGAGCCCCUGGAGCGCGUGGAACGAUGUUGAUGUGGCGGACCACACCAGCCAAAUCCCCACCUUCGCAUACUACGUAUCGCAACUGGCGGAGAAGCACCCCGACCUCGCCUACAUCUCUCUCGUGGAGCCCGGCCUUUCUGCAGGCGAAGACAAGGACAUUGAGGAGGGAGAGACGAACGAUUUCAUACGCAAGAUCUGGCUGCCGCGCACGCUCAUGUCCGCCGGCCGCUACACGCGAGAAAGCGCAAUCGAGCGCGCCGAGCAGACCGGAGAGCUCAUCGCGUUCGGUCGACGCUUCAUCAGCAACCCUGACCUUCCCACCCGGCUUCGCGACAACCUUCCGCUGGAAGGGUGGUCUCGCGACGUGUACUACACGCCGGAGGACCCUCAUGGCUACAUCGACUACAAGCCUUACCAGGCUGCCGCUGCGACAGCAUAGGCUGCACUCGACCGUGGCAUAGUGACUAGACUGCUCCCUCCGCCCGGACUUGACACAUUCGCGCUCCGGUCCUGUAGAGUAUACAUGACAUGUAGAUGGGAAAUACCCACGAUAAUUCGACGUUCG